AUGAAAUUUUCAUCAGCUGCAAUUUACGCUUCAGUAAUUUUGAAUUUAGCUUCAGCCCAGCCGAUUAUUUUGGGUAAAAAAGAUGCAAAAUCAUCGGCUGAUUUAUGGAGAGAUCAAUCUAUUUAUCAGAUAGUUACUGAUAGGUUUGCUAGAACUGAUGGUAGUACAUCUGCAUCUUGUGAUGUUUCAAAAAGAGAGUACUGUGGGGGUUCUUUUCAAGGUAUCAUUGAUAAGUUAGAUUAUAUUCAAGGAAUGGGGUUUACUGCAAUUUGGAUUUCUCCAGUUGUUGAACAAAUUCCUGAUAAAACCGAAUACGGUUAUGGAUAUCAUGGCUAUUGGAUGAAAAAUAUAUAUACUAUAAAUGAUAACUUUGGUACGGCUGAUGAAUUGAAGAAACUAUCAGAGGAAUUACAUGAUCGUGGAAUGAAAUUAAUGGUUGAUAUUGUAACCAAUCAUUAUGGAGCAGCCGGUGAUGGUCCUAGUAUCGAUUAUUCAGUCUAUACUCCAUUCAAUGAACAAAAAUAUUUCCAUGAUUAUUGUUUAAUCACUGAUUAUGAAAACCAAGCCUUAGUUGAAGAAUGUUGGGAAACUAGUACCUUACCAGAUCUUAAAACUGAGGAUAAUGAAGUGUUAUCAGUUUUUGAAUCUUGGGUGAAAGAUUUCAUUUCAAACUAUACCAUUGACGGUCUUAGAGUUGAUUCUGCUAAGCAUAUGGAUACCUCGUUUUACCAGCCAUUUACUGAAGCAGCCGGGGUCUUUCUUUUAGGAGAAGUUUUCGAAGGAGAUUCUGCUUAUACUUGUCCUUAUCAAGAUUAUAUUGCUGGUGUUAGUAAUUACCCAUUAUACUAUCCAGUCCUAAGAUUUUUCCAAAAUUCCAAAACCACUUCUGGAGAAUUACUUGAAAUGAUUGACAAUAUUAAACUGAAAUGUAACGACGUUACUUUAUUAGGUAAUUUUGUUGAAAAUCAUGAUAUCAUUCGAUUAGGGUCUACAGUCAAAGACAAAGCUCUAAUUAAAAAUGCAAUUGCAUUCACCAUUUUGGGGGAUGGUAUUCCAAUCAUAUAUUAUGGACAAGAGCAAGGACUACUGGGGGCUGAAGAUCCAGAAAAUAGAGAAGCGUUAUGGUUGGCAGGGUACGAUACCGAUUCAGCAUAUUACAAAUUCAUUUCAAAACUCAACCAAGCCCGAAACCAAGCGGCCAAUAAGGACAAUUCUUACCCUUCUACCGUAUCUUCGAUCAUUUAUUCAGACGAUCAUACCAUUGCUACUAAAAAGGCCAAUUUGGUUGCAAUUUUCACUAAUGUUGGAGCUUCUGCUUCUCCAAGCGUGACUCUUUCCCAAUCCGGUUUCCAAAAGGGUGACCAGGUGGUUGACCUUUUGACCUGUUCCUCUACCACGGUGGGUGAUUCGGGAUUGGAAGUUACUAUGGCACUGGGUGUUCCUAAAGUAUAUGCUUCAUCGUCGGUGGCUUCUGGUAUAUGUUAA